AUGGUAGACUGCAAAAGAUUCCCAUCUCUCAAAGACAUCGUCCCUGUAAUGAAGCCCCCGAGAUGUGAUACCAUUCCACGGAACCGGGAUGGGAAAACCCAGGUAUUCACCAAGGUGGGAACGAUCGGGGCGGCGUUCCCAGCCUUGACUCCGAAUUUAAGUAAACUGGAUUUACGGGAAAUCAAGGCGGGGAGGAGGGAGGCUCGCCCGAGCGGGAAACCUCCGCAUGCCGUCGUGUGCAAGCGCCACAGCCAGCAAUUCACCAACCAACCAACCAACCAACCAACCAACCGAGUCAAAGCAGCUGCUCCAGGAGCUGUUGCUACCCAAGAUUCGGUCCUUGAUGCAACAUCCUCGUGUCCAAGAGCAUCUAUCCAAGGGGGGAAGAUCUCUCUCUCCGAUGGAUAUCGUCCAGGAAGCAUCCUCACAUUUUCCUGCCCAGCUGGCACUUACCCGUACCCCACACCCAGCCGGGUCUGCCAGCCAGAUGCCAAGUGGACUCCAAUGCACCACCCCAGCGGAACCCUUACCAACAUAGCACGUUGCAGAGACAUACGCUGCCCUGCGCAGACGAGCUUUGAAAAUGGCUUUUUCAGCCCACGGCGAAACUCUCACCCAAUUGGUGACAUCCUGAGUUUUGAGUGCUCUGACGGGUACCAGCUUCUUGGCUCAUCCCAGCGGUACUGCCAGCCCAACGGCCAAUGGAACGGGACCUCCCCUGUUUGCGAUGAUGGAGUGGGGCACUGCCGUGCCCUUGCUAUCCCCCCAGGGGCGAUUGCUACAGGGAGAGGCAACCGUCUUGGUGACCAGGUCUCGUUCCAGUGUCAGACCGGCUUAGACUUGAUUGGAUCAUCCCAGCGGGUCUGCAUGCUGGACAGCGAAUGGUCUGGUACGCAGCCAAGUUGUAGAGCCCACUAUUCUUAUGACCGAGCUGAAGAUGUUAAAGCUGAAUUCGGAGCCUCGUUGACAGGUGUUCUGAGUGAAGUGUCCGCCUUCGAGUUUGACCCUUCUGGGACAUCUCAACCUUCAUCUUUAGGCCGAAGACUUAUACUGACCAAAGAGAGCUUCCUCUAUGUUUACUUCCUUGUGGAUGCUUCUCACAGCGUUACUGAACGUAACUUUGCUAUUUUUAAAAAUGCUGUAAGCCAAAUCAUCACCAGGGUGAGUUUCUGUAGAUAUGACUUGGAUAAAGAAGUGGGAGGUGGUGGUGCUAGCAAUAGCGCUGAUUACUCAUGA